AUGGUUGUGUAUCAGCGCCCCCUACAGGCCCAAUGAGCGUUGGCUCCACUCAAACGGCGCCAUGUGGCUUUAAAAGGUUGAGCUGCGGACUGAGUCGUUUUCCUUGGCGCUACCUUUACGUGUCACCACCACCACCACCACCAACACGGAGCAGAGACAGUACGGUCUGGCCGCCACUAGCAUCCUGCAUCAUGGAGGCAGCCGUGUCGCCGAAGAGGUGGAAAUGUGCCCCGCAGUGCCGCUCGGUGCUCCCGGCUCUGGCCGUCGUGCUGAUCCAGGCGGCUUGGGUGAGCGCGGAGGACGGAGGCGGUGGCGGCGGUAUGGAGGAACUGGCGACGGAGAAGGAGGCUGAGGAGAGUCACCGUCAGGACAGCGUCAGUUUACUCACAUUUAUCCUGCUGCUGACGCUCACCAUUUUAACAAUAUGGCUCUUCAAGCACAGGAGAGUUCGCUUCCUCCACGAAACUGGCCUGGCGAUGAUAUACGGUUUGUUGGUGGGUGUGAUCCUGCGGUAUGGUAUCCCCUCCACCAGUUACCACAAUAAAACACCCCCCAGCUGCUCUCUGAAAGAGGGUCCGGUCAGCACCUUGCUACUCAAUGUCAGUGGCAAAUUCUUUGAGUACACACUGAAGGGUGAGAUCAACUCCCGUGAAAUACACAAUGUGGAGCAGAACGACAUGCUUCGUAAGGUCACCUUUGACCCAGAGGUGUUCUUCAACAUCUUGCUACCUCCCAUCAUUUUCCAUGCUGGAUACAGCCUUAAAAAGAGACACUUCUUCAGAAACCUGGGUUCCAUUCUAACGUAUGCCUUCCUGGGCACAGCCAUCUCCUGCUUUGUCAUUGGAAACCUGAUGUAUGGAGUGGUGAAGUUGAUGCAGGUAGUUGGGCAGCUCACUGAUAAGUUCUACUACACAGACUGUCUAUUUUUUGGAGCCAUCAUUUCUGCCACAGACCCAGUCACUGUACUGGCCAUCUUCAAUGAGCUCCAUGCUGAUGUGGAUCUCUAUGCCCUGCUGUUUGGAGAGAGUGUAAUGAAUGACGCCGUGGCCAUUGUCCUCUCAUCGUCUAUUGUGGCCUAUCAGCCCGCUGGAGUAAACACUCAUACAUUUGAUGCCUCUGCCUUCUUUAAAUCAGUUGGCAUUUUUCUGGGGAUCUUCAGUGGAUCUUUUGCUAUGGGUGCAGUCACUGGAGUUGUCACUGCCCUUGUCACUAAAUUCACCAAGCUGCACUGUUUCCCUCUGCUGGAGACUGCACUGUUCUUCCUCAUGUCCUGGAGCACCUUCCUACUGGCAGAGGCUUGUGGCUUCACAGGUGUUGUAGCAGUGCUGUUCUGUGGGAUCACUCAGGCUCACUACACAUACAACAAUCUCUCUGAGGAGUCUACUAAACGAACCAAACAGCUGUUUGAGGUGCUGCACUUCCUGGCAGAGAACUUCAUAUUCUCCUACAUGGGGCUGGCUCUUUUCACCUUCCAGAACCACGUUUUCAGUCCCAUCUUUAUUGUCGGAGCAUUUAUUGCCAUCUUUAUCGGCCGAGCAUCUAACAUCUACCCUUUGUCCUUCCUGCUCAACCUGGGGCGCAGACACAAAAUUGGCGGAAACUUCCAGCACAUGAUGAUGUUUGCAGGGCUGCGAGGGGCGAUGGCAUUCGCACUGGCAAUCCGUGAUACAGCGACCUAUGCACGCCAGAUGAUGUUCACCACCACGCUGCUCAUUGUGUUCUUCACCGUAUGGGUGUUUGGUGGAGGCACUACGCCCAUGCUGUCAUGGCUGCAUAUCAGGGUUGGCCAGGCUUCAGCUGCAGAGAAGGAGAGACUGCUGAAGCUGUGGUAUUACCUCAGAGUUGGAGUGGACCCUGAUCAGGACCUUCAGCCAUGUGGAGAUAGCUUCCAGGUCCUUCAAGGAGAUGGAAGUCAGCAGGAAGGCCAGAGUAAGACCAAGCAAGAGAGCGCUUGGCUGUUUAGACUGUGGUACACUUUUGACCACAAUUACCUGAAGCCCAUCCUAACCCACAGUGGUCCUCCACUCACCACCACCUUACCAGUCUGCUGUGGCCCCCUGGCCCACUGCCUCACGAGCCCUCAGGCCUACGAGAACAGCGAGCAGCUGAGAGAUGCUGAUUCGGACCUCAUCCUGACGGAUGGUGACCUUACGCUGACCUACGGAGACACGGCCAUCACAGCCAAUGGAGCCUCUUCCAGCUCGGGCCCCAAGGGCCUCAACGGCAAACGCAAUGGCAGCACGUCUGAGGAGGCGCUGGAGCGAGAGCUGGACACGAGAGAGCAGGAGCUACUGAGCCGGGGAACGAGGCUGGUUUUCCCCAUAGAGGACCACGCCUGAGUACAAAUAACCACUACUGACCGCACCCGCCGUCCCUGCACCCUGGCUGCUCUCUGACCGCACCCUCCACCUCACUGACGUUUCACUUCAUCUUAUUGAACCCCCUUCCAAGGACAUUAACGCAAGGGGUGGGAAACCUUAGAUGAAGGAAGACAAAGAUGGAGAGAUGGAGGGCUUGAGAGGUGGAUGGAGAAAAUAUGGCUUUUUCCAUCCUCAUUUGUUUACUGGACAUUUACUAGAGGUGCCGUAAAGGUCUGGACCACAUCUGGUGACCCCCAGGCUCACGGACUGGCCAUAAAUAUAUACUGUGAUAUUCUGUUCCACUGUUUCUCUUUAUUUGUGAUGAGAGAAUAGAAAGGCUCUUUGUGGAAGCAUUCUAGGAGUGGUUAUGUGGUUAGGUUGGUUCAAGAUGUUGGAACAACAGCUGCUGUGGUUUUAUUAGUGUGUCAAUCAUCACCCACACCAAUGCUGAGUGCUGAGUACAGACAGGAGAUCUUCCUGACAAACAAAUGUAUCUUUUUCAUUCUCUCACACCAUCACAUACAUACUUGAAGCAAAGCCAUUCCAUCAGUGACAGUAUUCACUCAGCAUAAGCUCCUCUCCAAAGCCCACAGUGUAACCAUGAUCCAUCAUUUGCAUCCAUGUUCUUUACUAUUCAUGUACUUGCCUCUAGCUGACAAUGUCCUGAGCUCCUAUAGACAAGCUGCACUUCCUGUUUCCUUUGUACAAAUGGGCAGGUAAAAUCGCUUUAUUUGAAAACCAGUCAGUGUCCUGCCCUGCUUUACAUACUUUGCUUCAGUAUUCUGAAAAAGGUGGUUGAAUUGCAAUGGAUGUCCUGUAUCAUAUUGUUUCCAUAACCUAAAGGUGAUGUCUGAUUUGUUUUGUCACCCAGCACUCUCAGUAGGUUGUGGUUAGUCAUUUAAAUGUGACAAUCUCACAGCUGUGUUUGUGUUUUGUGGCACGCUGUGACAUCAGCUUAUUGGCUGUCAUCCAAGUGCUGCCUCACAUUACUUUCCCAAAGACAGCACCCUUGUCUCAUUGCUACAGUGCGAUGACUCGAAGGUUUUCACAGUGCAUUGCUGUGUGCAGUUCUCUUCAAUCAGCCAUUGUAAAUAUGACCAGUGCAACAUAGCCUGUGACUGCAUUGUCUUUCUCAGUAGGGCUGGCCAUCUGGGAUGGAUCCACACAGCUGUGCAGAGCAAAAGAGGGCAAGCUGAGCACUUUAGAGGCAGUGGAGCUGGGGCACUCAAGCUGCAUAAACCCAGUUGCUGCUUAUCAUAGCUGCAAAAAAACCACAAACAGCUGGAACUGGACUCAUGCCAACGCAGAAGUUGGAACAGAAUGAUUUAAAUUGUUUGGAAUGUAAGGAAGUCUUAUUGGGACAAUUUGCAUUACAUGUGAGUAGCACAAUAAGAAGGCCUCAUAAAAAAAAGAAAAGUGACUGACUAAAUGCUGCAUUUGUUCAGCAGAAAUAUGAAGCUUACAAAUGUGACUAAAUGGUUUGUGGGUGGCAGUGUAGUUUGUCAAAGCCUUAGCCCACAGUGUACACCUCCUAUACACCUACAUACUCCCACCAUUCUGUGUAUUGUUCUGGCAGUAUCUGGUAUAAAAGGCUUUGAAGGCAAGAUUACAGUCAAUUGUAGACAUGCUCAGUUUGAUGACUAAUAUAAACAUCUUAACCAAAUGCUUCAAAGAACAUUUGAAACAGUUCAUCUUUCGCCUCAACACGAGAUUCACCAAACGGCAUUUACCUUCAGCUUAUCUUGCUUAAGCUUAAGGCUAUUAUGACUGGAUACUGAUUUGACUUGCAUUUGUUUUAGGUCCCCUCAAAAUCAUUUUUUUCACUCCCCAUACUCGUGUUUUAAUUUAACAUUUGCUUAAGCAAAAAAAAAAAAAAAAUUAAAAGCCUCUGACCUUUGGCUGGCCUUACUUUAUCACAGGAAUAUCACAGAUCUGAGAACAAACUGUGAAAACUACCAUAUGUUGUGGGAACUACUGACAAGGAUUUUUCAGUUUGACCACAGUGGCUGGCAAAGAUACUUAAAAAAAUAGCAACAGGUCUAGCAUCACAUAUUAGAAUCCUAAUCCUGUCUUAGCAGUGAAACGCUAGAGUGGAGGUGGAAAGGUGGGCAUGGAUAAUUGCACCGGUGAUUCAGCUACUGAACUUCCUGGGGUGGAAUGAGUCAGUCCCAGUCUGAGGAACAUGCUGUAAUGUGGGUUUUUCUGGGACUAUAUACAGCUGCUUUUGGGGCUGUGUGAUUUCACACCUGCUCUAAACAGACUUUGUGUUACAGCUGGUUUUCUUAACCAUAGUAUGAUGAAUUUGUACAUAUGUCUAGGUUAUGCUUAUGCUCUCCUGUAGCCAUCAUCUCCUACCUGCUAUGUUCUGCAUGUAAAAAAAAAAAUCAGUAAGCAGGAUGCCAUUUU